AUGCUCUUCUCCUACCUUGUUGCGACUCUUCCCCUUCUGGCCAACGCCGCCCUCACCUACCGCGGUGCGGACAUCUCGUCUGUCUUCAUCGAAGAAAAGGCUGGCGUUGCCUACAAGAACUUGGCCGGGGAGACCCAGGCCCUGGAAGCUAUCUUGACCGAUAAUGGUGUCAACUCUAUCCGUCAGCGUGUGUGGGUGAAAAAUGGCGACUAUGACCUGACCUACAAUGUCAACCUCGCCAAGCGGGUUGCGGCGACUGGCGCCAGUAUUUAUCUGGAUCUCCAUUAUAGUGAUGACUGGGCGGAUCCUAAGCAUCAGACCACCCCGGGAGGCUGGCCCACCGACGACAUCGACGCGCUGGCCGAUAAGAUCUACCAAUACACGCUGAGCGUGUGCAACACCUUCGCGGAGGAAGACAUCAACGUGGAAAUUGUCUCCAUCGGCAACGAGAUCACCUCCGGACUCCUUUGGCCGCUAGGCAAGACCCCCAACUAUGAGAACAUCGCGCGGCUCCUGCACUCCGGCGCCUGGGGCGUAAAGGACUCGACGCUAGCCAAGAAGCCCAAGAUCCUGAUCCACCUCGACAACGGCUGGGACUGGGAGCAGCAGAAGUACUUCUACGACACCACUCUCGGCACCGGUCUCCUCAAAUCCGAAGAUUUCGAUAUGAUUGGCGUGUCCUACUACCCCUUCUACAACGAGAAGGCCACCCUUGCCUCGUUGAAGACCAGCCUGACCAACAUCCAGUCCACAUACAGCAAGGAGGUUGCCGUGGUCGAAACUAACUGGCCCGUGAAGUGCUCUAGCCCUGAGUUCGCCUUCCCCUCGGAUCUAACGGACAUUCCUUUCUCAGAGGACGGCCAGGUCACCUUCCUGCAGCGGUUGGCGGAGACGCUCACGGCUACCAAGGCCUCCGGUUUCUUCUACUGGGAGCCUGCCUGGACUAAGAACGCGGGGUUGGGAUCCAGCUGUGAGGAUAAUCUGUUGGUGGAUUAUAACACUAACCAGGUGCGUAGCAGUGUGAAGGCGUUUGGACAGGUGUGAUUUUAGCCUUUUUUGGGGAUUUUUGUACCAAAACUUAAAUUUCAAAUGCGUCCGUGCAUAGAUGU